GCGCUCGACUUUCUGGCUUGCUUCUCCACUGCUCACCUACAUCGCCUGUCGCCAUGAUUGCUAGUCUAGUCAGGCGAGCGGCCGCCUCUCCUGCGCAUCGCGAGGCAUUGCCUCUGCGUCUGAUCAAAGCGGCCCAGCCUCAUAUACCGCAGUAUGGCUUCACACUAGCCGCCGUUCGUGCGGGCAUACAGUCACCUUCAUCCUCCACGCUCGCCAUCGACGAGUCGCAGCGGGCGGCGCUCAAUGACUGGAACAUCGGGCGACUCUUUCCUGGGUCCAACUCGGCUGAGACCUCACUGCCUCUUCAGCUAUUGAGAAGAUGGGAUGCUGAGCAGAUGGGAAGGGUGGCGAAGGAGUGGCACAAUGGCAAGGCGGAUGGAGAGGAGGCUGUUGAGGUGCUGGUGGAGAGAUUGAAAGCAAGCGAAGCCGUGAGGCAUCACCUUCUCGAGCCCUUCUCGUACCUCUCGGCAUCCUCCUUCCCGAUCCCUCUCAGGGCCAUCCUCCCGCUCCCCAUCGCACUCGCCCUCCCUCUUCCCAGCUCAAUACCCAACCCUCUGCCCCUCGUCAACAGAGCAGCCCAGAUAGCAGACGAGGCCUGUUCGCUGGCGCGCGUGGACACUUCAUUUGGUCCAGAGUGGUACGCAAGAAGGAUGAGACUGGCGGCGGCCUUCUUCGCUGCCGAGGUGCACCUCCUCGCGCCAAGCUCGGAUUUGGCUGCUUCUACCAACGUGCUGAGAAGAGUGGCAGGGAAUGGCUCUCUACUGGGAGCAUUCGAUGGCGCAGCAAGAUCGUCGUCAACAUCCUCGGUGAGGCCUGCAUCCCGCCCCUGGCCAACCGCAACGCAACCUGGCCUGGCCCGCCAACUGCACACCAUCACGCGUCCUCGCCUGCCCUACCAUACCUCGGUGGAGCGUUCGCGCCAUUACGCAACGGGCCCCUCCCAAGCCAGCGUCGUCUCAACCUUUGCCUCCCCCUUUCUCCAAUUUGUCCGCACUCUUUCCGCCAUUGCACGCAUCCUCGUCGGCACCGCACUCACCUUUGCAUUGCUCUGCGGUGGUAUCUACGAGGGGGCACAUCAGUACGUCGAGCACGUUGCGAUGAAGCGUGGCCCACGAUCCAACGACGUCGGCGAUGCCUGGGGCUGGUCAAGCGAAGCAGACGAAGAGGCCUGGGGACGUGGAACGGACCGUCGCCUUGGGAUGGCGGGUCGUCACGCGUUGAGAAGCGCUUGGAUCAGUCUGCACUGGGGUACCGGCAUUGCACCCGACUUCCUCUUUGGAGGCGGGUCUGACCUCUUUGGCCCUUCUUCAUGGCGGAAGAGCGCCACGCCUAGCUUGGACGCCAUCGCCUACUCGCAGAACGCGUUGGAACAGGCGGAGCGUUACUUGGAGGUGGCUAUCAGGCUCGCGGAGAAGCAGGGAGUCAAAUUACCCGAUGUAGCAGCGGUACGUUUGGGGCUGACGAAUGCGCAUCAGGCCGGAACGGAUAAGCCACUGGAUGAGACGGCGCUCAGGAUGGAGAGUCGCUUGGCCGCUACGAGGGAAAGAGUGGGAUCCCCUGCCGCAGUCGGACGAGCCAUUACCGGAUACGAGCGCAUCUUUGACGCCCUUUCGGCAGCAGAGCUGACGAGGGAGACCACUGGGCAUUCGGGCAGGGAGGGCGCUGAUGCUAGCCGGCUGGUCAGGCUCGCCACCAAGCUGGGCGAUCUGAAUGCUCUGCUUGGGAAGAGGGAAGAGGCAGAGGCGUGGAUGCUCAAGGCGGUGAGCUUGGCGGGCCAGGGACCACAGCCUGCGGUUGAAGGCGCGCAGAGAGAAGAGGUGUUGGGUCAGGUGGCCCAUAUGAACGGCGAGCAGGGCGAAAGCCCUCAAGUCUCGUCCUCGUGGUUCUCUGGAUGGACUGGUAGCAAGAAAGCUCAAGACGCGGCCGCCGCUCCGGCUACCACGCUGGCAACGCCAACGCCAAUGCCAACGCCGACUCCGGCGCUCACUCGCUCCCUCAUUAUCUCACUGCUCUCCCUCUCCGCUCUGUACGCCUCCUCUCCUAACCCAGCCAGCACCACCUCCGCCCCCUCCUCAGACCCGGCAUGGCGAACAGGCCUCGAAGAAGCCGUCCGAGUUCAAGCAGCAGCCUUGCGUCUGAUCCGUCUCGACUUGGAGCGCGAACAGAGCUCUGCCAGCAAGGAAGCCGCUGGAGAGCUCCACACCCUCUGGCUCCGACAUCGUGAAGCCCUGACGUCCUCGCACCUCGCAGAGACCAUGUACGCCCUCCAGUCACGCAGUGGUGCAGCUGGGGUCCUCAACAAGCUUCGCGGAGCUCUCACAGGGCUCUUCCACAGCGCACACGAGGAGGACCACCCACACGCUUCCAGCAUCCAAUGGCUCCGCAGCGCCGACUCGCUCGCCUCAUCCGUGCAGUCAAGCCUCGCAAGACCAUCACCCCUCGCCGCCGUCCUCUCUGGUCGCUCCUCCCCAGCAGCAAAGAAGGCAGCCAAGGCAGCCUCGGUAGCCGGAGGUGGCACUACCUCGACUUCCUCUCCCUUCGCCCCGGAGGAUGUGCAGGAACGCUGGCUUCGCAUAGAGGGAGGGGAGAUGGUUGCUUGGCGCCUCCUCAGAGACUCGACACGAUUGCGCGCGGAGGCAGGGAGGAUGGUCAAGGCUUUGGGUGGGAGAUUGGAGGUGGAGAAGAAGAAAGAGGAGGUGAGAAAAGCAGCCCUUGUUGAGACGGAGGCGAAGCCGGUCGAGCAGAGGACAGAAAGUGAGGCAGCGCCUGCCAUUACGCGACGUGGAGGACGGGGGCCUUUUGCGCCCAAGGGCCAGAUGGCGGUGUAGUGUAGGUUGCCUGAGUAUCGCCAUUUCCCUUUUCUCUGCUCCUCUGGACCUCCUUGUACUCAAUCUAACGUACACUCUUAUUGAUAUUGACAGAUUAGAACGGAGCGUGGAG